AUGGAUCAGCACGACGACUUUGACAGCGUCUCGUGGAGGCAUGACCCGGACAGUGAUCUCUCGCGACCUACGACUUCCGGGACAGAUACAGAGGAACAGGAACCAUACACUCACGAUGUCAAUGGCAAACGGAGGAUGAGCAACGCUGAAGAGAGCCCCCAGGCUGGGCCACUGGCGGAUGCCGUCGACCUGGCGGGUAUCGGCGACGGUGUGCUAGAGUGCCGGGUAGAUUCGCCGUUGAAAGAGAAUGAUGGGACAAAAGACGCUUAUAUUUCAUAUCUGGUUACUACUACGACCGAUUUCAAGUCCUUCCAGAAACCCGAAUUCACCGUGCGACGCAGAUUCACCGAUUUCUAUUUCCUAUACAAGACGCUUUAUCGCGAAUACCCUGCCUGUGCCGUCCCGCCGUUGCCGGAUAAGCAUAAGAUGGAGUAUGUCCGCGGCGAUCGGUUCGGACCCGAGUUUACCACCCGACGGGCAUGGUCUCUACAUCGCUUCUUGAAACGGCUUACGCUGCAUCCCGUGCUUCGGCGCGCGCCGUUGCUGGCUAUCUUCUUGGAAUCUCCCGACUGGAAUGCACACAUGCGGUUGCGGUCCACGCGCAACUCGACCAGCACCUCGGACGGCAGCGGGGUUCCUGGGAUCUUUGACAACUUUACCGACACCUUUGUCAACGCUUUCACUAAGGUGCACAAGCCGGAUAAGCGGUUUAUUGAAGUGCGGGAGAAGGCGGAUAAACUGGAUGAGGACCUCAAUCAUGUGGAGAAGAUUGUAGCCCGGGUGGCUCGGCGAGAAUCGGAUCUCGAGGCAGACUAUAAUGACCUGGCUACGCAGUUCCGCAAACUAGUGCCCCUAGAACCGGAGGUGGAGGUCCCCUUACAAGUCUUUGCAGCCUCGGUAGAGGAGACGGGGCGCGGGCUCAAGACGCUCAAGGAUCACACCGAUCAGAAUUAUCUGGGGUCGCUGCGGGAUAUGGAGGCGUACAUUGUCUCGCUUAAAGCCCUCCUCAAGACGCGCGAGCAGAAACAGCUCGACUUCGAAGCGCUGGUCGACUAUCGAAACAAGGCGGUGGCGGAGCGGGACUCCCUCGCCUCUAACCCCUCUUCCUACUAUGCCUCCAACCCGCUGACCUCUUCCCCGGCCUCUUUCAUCCGGUCCAAGAUGGAGGACAUGCGGGGUGUUGAUCACGAGCAAUCGCGACGCGAGCGGGUGCGGAAGUUGGAGCUCCGCAUCGACGAGCUCACGCGCGAGGUCGAGUCGGCUAAAACAACGUCGGAGAUGUUCGACGAGGAAGUUGUGCGCGAGGUGGCAGACUUCGAGCGCAUCAAGGCCGUAGAGUUCCGGGAUACGCUUGGAGCGUUGGCCGAGAAGCAGAUCGAGUUCUACCAGGGAGUACUGAAUACCUGGGAACGAUUUGUGGCUGAGAUGGAGGGAGACUUGGAAGAAGAGCAUGACCCAGGCAUGGAGGAGAGGUGA